AUGUGGAUACGGGUUGGGCCCAACAUACUUGGUUCACGGAAACAGAGGUUUACACUCUCAGACGCAGACGCUGAAGAAGAAGAACGACGAAGCAGCACACACACCCACACUACAGAGAGAGGCGGGGUCAUUUCUUUAUCAACCAAACCAAACGCCGUCGUUGUCAGCCAUCAGAUGAAUACAAGGCGGAUUUUGAUCCAACAGUCGGCAUUUGUUUUUGUAGCCAUGAAGGUGCGCUCCUCUGUGAAGAAGAUGUGUGAGUUUUGUAAGACAGUUAAACGUCGCGGGCGUGUUUAUGUGCUUUGCACAGCCAAUCCCAAGCAUAAGCAAAGACAGGGCAUGUCAACAUUUGCAUACGAAGGCACGGUGUCUUCCAUGUACGCAGAGACUAGUGCCAAGCUGGAGAGCAGCUCUGGUCACAGCGUGCAAGCAGGUCUGGCCUCUCUGAUACCCAAAAAGCACGAACCCUCGAUGCCCUCUAUACCCUCUACGAUACUUGGAUGGAGGGUGGGCCUGGCCUCCCUGCUGUUCAACAAGGCCAAGUAG